UUGUGGACCAACGGAUACAAAUUAAAUUAAAAAAUAAUAAACGAAAGAUCCGUUACGAAAAGAAGAACCUUUAUCCUCUCUCAAACCUUCAUUCAGACAACCAAAAAUAAGACGGAAGCCCUGUCCGAAGCUGAGAAAGAUUCAUCUUGUUUCGAGUUUAUGUCCUUGUCUGAAUUUUUUUUUUUUAAGGCUAGAGAAAUAGAGAGAUCUGGAUUUCUAGAAGCUGUUUUGUGAGAAUGGUUGCAAGAACCCCACAAAAGCAGAGGAAAGUGGCGAUGGUGGUGGCGCCUCCUCUCAACUCAGAACUUCUCAGGGAGACAAUCAACAAGGUUGACAAAUGUAUGGAGAGGCUGCAAGAGCUGCAAUACACAAUAGCAGGAGGGACCAAAGUUGUCUCUGGUGUGAACCUUAGCCCUAGAAGCACUAGAACUUACUUGAAGACUAGUCUUAGAUGCAAGCAAGAAACUUUAAGGAUCAAGAAUGCUAAUAACAAGAAAUCUCCAAUAGGAAAGUUUCCAGCUUCUUCACCAGGAGACUGGAGGAAAAUGUCACUACCAGCAAUGCUACUAGGAGAGACAGUAAACGAAAUCUUAAAAGCCUCACAGGUCACCAAAGACAUUGUAGACGCACUAGCACCAAAGAAGAGUAGAAAGUUAAGAAGAUCAAUAAUGCCAGAAGAAGAAGAAGAUGGUCCUAAAACACCUGAGACCCAUCAGAAAUCCAAAGAGCAGAACCAUGAAACUGUCAGCAGCAAUAUCAAAGCGAGAAGGAAGAAAGAGAAGCAGAACAAACGGUCAGAACCUACUUCUCCUAGGGCUCGUUCAAGAAUCGUGUUCAAGAUCGUCUCUCCACAGACAAAAGCAGAGAAGGUUCAAGUAAAGGCUAAUAGGGUUUCGCCAAAGCAUCAACCUUGGGGGAAAAAAGCGGUUCUGUUCCCAAACCCUUUGUUUAUUUCUGGCUCCUCCACGCAACAAGCUAAGUUCAGUAGAACAAUGUCUCCGGUGAUAGCCAGAAGUGACCUAACCAGCAGCAAGGACACUAAAAAGGAGACGCCACACAAGUUCUUGAUCAAGUCUCCUACCAAAUCACCGUCCAAGUUUCAGGUCAGGAUCAAGAGCCCGCGUAAAGUCUCUGUUUCUCCUAACAGAAACGGAGGUAACUUGGGUCGGAAGUCACCGGCAAGAAGCGCUUCCUUGGGGAAGAAGUCUCCGCCUAAGCUAUCAGCAGCUGGGAAGCUCAGAAGAUCAUUUACUCCAACGAGAAACGGAAGUAACGUGGCCCGCAAGUCGUCCAUUUCUCCCAAAAGAGUCACCCUUCAAGCAUUUAUAUCUCCGGCAAGAAACUGUGACUUGGGAAAGAAGUCACCUAAAGCUUCCAUUUCUCCGAGCAAGAAGACGCAGAAGCUAUCAACUGCAGCAAAGCUGAGGAGGUCGUUUUCACCAUCAAGGCUAGCAAUGAGGCUGGUGUCUCCAAUGAAGAGCAGGAAAAAUGUAGGGAGGUGUGAUGAUGAUGAGAAGGGGAUGAUGGUGAGUGGCUUGAGACAGCGUCCGGUUAUAGUUCCUAAGAGAUUCUCGAUGGGGAGAAUCUCAUAAGAGAGAGUUUGAAAUCAAACAAUAGUGCAAAGCUCAUAAGAUAAUGUAUUAUUACUUCUAUUGAGUAUGGUCUUCAUUGUGUUUAUCUUAUACUAAUUGAAUGUGUUAUCUUUGAUUGUGUAGUGUUGUUUACAUAUCUAUGUUUAAAAGACAAAAAUAAUGAAUGGCUAAAUGAUUUAAAAUGGCAA